GCCUCGACCCUCUUUCUUCUACUGCAUGACAUGUUUAAGAUGGACGUAAGAUAACAAACAGAAAACUUCAUCUUACACGUUCAACGCGUAGUUUAUUCAACACCCCCAAUAUAGCGUGCAUCCCGUAUCUAAACAACAUUCCCAUCGUGUUUGCUUCACCGCUGAAACUCGUCUCCGCUUGCUGUUUAUGAAAUGAGUGACGGCCCCGGGACAGGACUCACCUGUUGGUUACAGUUUCCACCAGUCAAAAGAGUUCACACUGCUGGACAGGUUUCAACGAGGCAACCGUAGUUACGUGGCUUCGUGAAUCCACUCCCACUUCUAAGCCAACUCUGGAAAUCUGAGUCCUGGGUGGAAUGUUUUUUUUUUUCUUUUUCUGUCCCUGAAGCUCACUUCCUCCUUUAAUACCGAAGCGCUGCAGGCUGAAUGUUACUGCAUCAACAGGCGCGGUGUGUCCCCGAGCGACGAGUCGGGAAAGGGGGAGUAUAGUACACAGGGAAAGUUUUAGCAGUUUUAAUUCGGGUCAUCAUGAGCGACUUGAACGUAAACGGGGCUCUGACUCGCAGAAGAAGGGCGACUCUUACAGCGGGGCGAGCGCUGAACGGGGAUUCUGCAACGGGGACGGCGAGCCUGGUGGACGGCGACUCACGCCUCCACCACGGACAGAGGACACGGGAAUGUCCCCUGGAGCGGUCCGCCGCAAAGAGCGAGGAAAAGAAACGCAGGGGUGAAGUUGGUGACCGACUGAGCUGUCACAAGGCACAGGAGUCUCUUUUGAGUUCUGCCAGUGGUUAUAGGAACUACAGAGGAGUAAUCAACUGGUGUGUGGUGAUGCUGGUCCUGAAUAAUGCUCGUCUCUUUUUAGAAAACAUUUUAAAGUAUGGUAUUCUUGUGGACCCCAUUCAAGUGAUUUCCUUGUUUCUGAAUGACCCGUACAGCUGGCCUGCAGUGUGCUUGUUGAUUGUGUCCAAUGUGUUUAUUCUGGUGGCUCUCUACACUGAAAGGCAGCUGUCGAAGGGUUCAUUUAGUGAAUUUGCUGGAUUUCUGGCCCACUGCGUUAAUUUAACAAUCCUACUAACAUUUCCUGCUGCCAUGGUGCUGUGGGUUCCCUCCAUGACGUCAGUUGGUGGUGCAAUUGCACUUGGCAUUUACACAAUCCUCUUCCUGAAGCUGUAUUCAUAUAAGGAUGUGAACUUGUGGUGCAGGGAACUGAGCACUGCCAAGGCCAAAAAACUGUCAAGGUCACUGUCUUGUCCUUCAUCACAGCAGUUUAAAGGAGGCGAACAGAAAGUGUGCUACCCUGGCAACCUUACAAUCAAAGAUAUGUACUAUUUUGUCUUUGCUCCGACUUUGUGUUAUGAGCUCAACUUCCCUCGAUCUCCUAAAAUCCGCAUUCAGUUCUUGCUAAGGAGGCUGUUUGAGAUGCUGUUUUUCAUCCAGCUUUUGGUUUUUCUGACCCAACAGUGGAUGGUCCCCAUCAUUCAAAGUUCAAUGAAGCCUCUUGAAGACAUGGAUCUGUCCCUGAUGACUGAGAGACUUUUACGAUUAGCUGUCCCUAAUCACUUAUUAUGGCUGAUGUUUUUCUACUGGUUCUUUCACUCAUCUAUGAAUUUCACGGCCGAGCUGCUGCGCUUCGGUGACAGACGGUUUUACAAUGACUGGUGGAAUUCUGAGUCAGUGACUUAUUUCUGGCAGAACUGGAACAUUCCUGUACACAAGUGGUGUCUACGUCAUUUUUACAAGCCUCUGCUGAGAAAAGGAUUCAGUAAAAUGGUCAGCCAGUCAGCUGUCUUCUUCCUGUCAGCGUUCUUCCAUGAGUACCUGGUCAGUGUCCCCCUCAGGAUGUUCAGACUCUGGGCUUUCACAGGCAUGAUGGCACAGCUUCCAUUAGCAUGGCUUGUUGGCCGCUUCCUGCGAGGUAACUAUGGCAAUGCUGCAGUGUGGAUGUCCCUCAUCAUUGGCCAGCCAUUUGCUGUUUUGAUGUACGUCCACGACUACUACGUGAUGCACUACGGCAAUGGAGCAGACUAAUACAUACACAAACCAGUGUUGCUCGGACAUCGUUUUUUUUUUUCCUGAUCUCCUCCUUGUGACUCUCCUGGAUGAACAAACACAUAAACGGUACUAAUACACAGCAGUGAACUAAUAUCACAGGCUACAUCUCAGGAUAAUCUCAGCAGAGUUUUUUUUUAAUGAUCAUGUCAUGUUUACGUAAAACGUCUUGUAAAGUUUACAGAUGAUAAAGAAUUUAAUAACAUUAAAUAAAUCAUGAAGGAACACUCUAACUAUAGCAGGGCCAUAGAAGAACUGCUAACUGCAGCUUCAUACUCAGGUGAUCGGUACUUUAGUGUCUUGUUAGAACAUAUGAGUGGGGGCCAAAACCUCUAGUGUAUGCAGAACUUAUAUUUCAGUGCAGGAAGAUAUAAUUUUGUUAAUAUCUUUGUGAUGUUAAUUUGAUUCUCUGGCUUUGUAAUUACUGAGGAAAAUGUAUUUCCAUCUAUCCAUCCAUUGUAAGGAGGAAUGAUUGUAUGGGGUAGGAUUCUGUUGCCUUUCUGUUUUGGGAUUUUUUUUUUCACCAGUUUUGUAAAAUGAACAGUGCUGCAAAACCUGUUGAUUGUGAGAUUUAUAUUAUUAUUAUUUUUUUAACCAAAAGUGCCAUCUGAAAACAUGUCUAGAGUAUUCUAAAUCGUUAUUUGUUAAUCUUGUGGACUAUAUUUUUAAACCAUGUCAUAUGAAAUAAAUCUGUAAAGAAACUGGAGGGAACAUUUUAUUUCAAAUUGUUGUAUUUUUAUUCACUUAGUGGUUAUGUAGCGUAAUUUGUAAGGAGCAGAUUUGUCUAUUGGAAUGUAACGGAACUGUAAACAUACUUUUCAUGGCUUUUUUUUAAUGGAAAUCAUAUGAAAGUGAAGAUGUGCAAUGGGUUUUGAAUUUUAAGAACCUUGGAUUUAUUAAAAAGUUUUUUUUUUU